UUUGUAGUUAAAAAAAAAAACAGUUCGCAAAAAAAUUACCAAACGCACAAAUAUGUAAAAGUAGUACAGAACUAUAUGAAAAAAAUUCUUAACCACAACCUCAAACGCAUCCUAAAUCAAUUUUCACAUAUUUUAAAAUUAAUUUCUUUUUAAAUGAUCUCAAAGUUCAACCCCAUUUUCUGAAGCUUGAGGGGGAAGUGAAAGAUGGGAGCUUGAUUAUGUGUUUAUGAUGCCUUUUAUUAUGAUGGUAAUGAGUCUUUUGACCAUAGAAAGAGAUCAGGAUAAAGAAAAGGGAAAGGAACAGGGAGGGGCAUGUUCGUGUGUUCAAUAAAGAGAGUAUUGUUGCUUGUGAUUUUUCAAUGAGGGAGAACUUGAGUACCAUCUUCCUUUCUUUUGUUGGUUCCUUUCUUUAUCCUUUUUCACACCUUCCAUGUGCAACCUAGGUGUAAUGUGGCUAGAAGGGUGCUUGUCACCAGUGAAUUAGAGUGUGGGGGGUUUCGGUAUCAUUCAUUCCUUUUUUGUUCUUUUGAGGGUUCUGUUGUUCGUGGGUUUGUUCUCUAAAGGGGGUUUACAGGAUGCCUAUGUUUGAGCCCUCAAGGAGGGAUGCUGUUGUUGCUGGCUUUGAUGGUAGCGGGGAUGGGCAGGUUCUAGAUCUGGAUACUGCCGUGAAGGAUGGAGUUUUGGGUGGUGUUGGUGGUGGAGUUGUUGGUGCUGCUGUUGGUGAAAAACUGGAUCUGAAGAAGAUGGUUGAAGAGCUUGAUUUACCUGAGAUUCCUUCUGUGUUUAUCUGCCCAAUCUCACUCGAGCCAAUGCAAGACCCUGUUACGCUUUGCACGGGUCAAACCUAUGAGAGGUCUAACAUUCUCAAAUGGUUCAGUUUGGGGCACUAUACUUGCCCCACAACUAUGCAAGAGCUUUGGGAUGAUUCUGUUACCCCAAAUAGGACCCUUUAUCAUUUGAUUUAUACUUGGUUCUCACAGAAGUAUUUGCUCAUGAAGAAGAGGUCGGAGGAUGUGCAGGGAAGGGCAAGCGAGCUUCUUGAUACCUUGAAGAAGGUUAAGGGUCAAGCUAGGGUUCAGGCAUUGAAGGAGCUACACCAAGUUGUUUCAUCACAUGCUACUGCUAGGAAGGCGGUGGUUGAUGAAGGUGGGAUUGCUGUGAUUUCAUCAUUGCUGGGCCCCUUUACCUCCCACGCAGUAGGUUCGGAAGCAAUUGGGAUUCUUGUAAAUUUGGAACUUGAUUCAGAGUCCAAAGGCAAUCUGAUGCAGCCUGCGAAGAUUUCAUUGAUGGUGGAUAUGUUAAAUGAAGGUUCAAUUGAGACAAAGAUCAAUUGUACACAUUUGAUUGAGAAAUUGAUGGAAGACAAGGACUUUCGAGCAGAGGUUGUCUCCAGCCAUAGCCUGUUGGUUGGGCUAAUGCGACUGGUGAAGGAUAAGAGGCACACCAAUGGAAUUUUGCCUGGGCUUAGCCUCCUCAGAUCUAUAUGCCUGCAUAAAGAAGUUAGGGGCUUGAUUGUGAGCAUUGGAGCUGUUCCUCAAUUGGUUGAAUUGUUGCCUUCUUUGGAGCCUGAUUGCUUGGAAUUGAUCCUUUUCAUAUUGGAUAUGCUAUCUUCUCUGCCAGAGGGAAUAGUUGCACUGAAGGAUUGUCCAAACACAAUUCCAAACCUGGUGAGGCUACUAAUGAGAUUCUCAGAAAACUGUACUCAAUAUGCAUUGUCCAUUUUAUGGUCUGUAUGCAAACUUGCCCCAGAGGAAUGUUCAUCAGUUGCUGUAGAGGCUGGGCUAGGAGCAAAGCUGCUCCUGAUUCAAUGUGGUUGCAAUCCUGUCUUAAAGCAAAGGUCUGCAGAACUGUUGAAGUUAUGUAGGCUAAAUUAUACAGAUACCAUCUUUAUUUCCAAGUGCAAGCUUACAAGGACAAUUCAAUGAGGAGGAAGUUUUACUUGGUCUAAUAUGCACAACGUGUUAGCUGCCAGGACAUAGGACACGUAGGGCCUGCCAAAUUCAUUGCAGUGGAUGCUCCAAGAACAAACAUCCACGUGGAUGAAGAUUUGAGGUAUGGCCUAGCUCACCUGAAUAUAUAAUUAGGCACUUCAAUUCCAGCAAUUGAUUCAAAUGCUUGAGGCAAAAUCAUAAUGCGGACAUGAAAACACCUUGCAUGCUGCAAUGAAAUCAUGUGGGUUCUCUUGCAAAUAUCUCCAUAAAUAAACCCCGGAAAGAUUCCUUGUAAUGGAUUGGUAUUGGGGUAGAUUGUUGGAUAAAGUUUACUUAAAUGGGGACUGAGAAAUUCGGAAAUAUCUGGAGCAUGCAAUCACAAGUGUAAUAAACAAGUGAUGGCUUUUGCUCCAUUUUCCGUCUUUCUCGGAGUUGUACAUGUUCCUGCAACAGGGGACCGUACAAUUUUCCCUUAGAUUUGGUGGGAGUUUUGCUUUUGACCCCAUAAUUGUAGAGUCUGGAGUGCCUUUGGCCUUCAAUUCUGUUCAAUGUGUACAAUGAAAUUAGCCUUUUUCA